AUGAAAAACAACUGCGCCUACAGUGUUAAAGAAGCGGACCUGGCAACACUGCAGAGUGCGUCAGCGCGGAGGGAUACAGCCGCGCAAAUGCCUGAAGAAAUGCGCCAAGAGGAGGAGGCCGAGACCUUUGCCUUCCAGGCAGAGAUCGCCCAGCUGAUGUCUCUCAUUAUCAACACCUUCUACUCCAACAAAGAGAUCUUCCUCAGGGAGCUCAUCUCCAAUGCCUCUGACCUCGUAUUUUUUCUCUUUUGGCCGAAAACCGAAAAUGCCACCUUAGCUGCAUCCCUAUUUAUCAGCAUUUCUCCAUUGGAUUUAGUCUCUAAUGUUCCCUAUUCAUCUCUCCAGGCUGGUGCAGAUAUCUCAAUGAUCGGGCAGUUUGGAGUGGGCUUCUACUCCGCCUACCUGGUGGCUGAAAAAGUCACGGUCAUCACCAAAAACAACGAUGACGAGCAGUACACCUGGGAGUCAUCCGCUGGCGGCUCUUUCACGGUCAAGGUGGACCAUGGUGAGCCCAUCGGCCGUGGAACCAAAGUCAUUCUUCACCUGAAAGAAGAUCAGACAGAGUACAUUGAGGAGAAGAGAGUGAAGGAAGUGGUCAAGAAACACUCGCAGUUCAUCGGAUACCCAAUCACCCUCUUCGUGGAGAAGGAACGCGACAAGGAGAUCAGCGACGACGAGGCAGAGGAGGAGAAGCCGGAGAAAGAGGAAAAGGAGGAAGGUGAAGACAAACCCAAGAUUGAAGAUGUCGGCUCAGAUGAUGAAGAGGACUCCAAAGACAAGGACAAGAAGAAAAAGAAGAUCAAGGAGAAGUACAUCGACCAGGAGGAGCUGAACAAAACCAAACCCAUCUGGACCCGCAACCCUGACGACAUCUCCAACGAAGAGUACGGAGAGUUUUACAAGAGCCUGACCAACGAUUGGGAAGAUCACCUGGCUGUCAAGCAUUUCUCCGUGGAGGGUCAGCUGGAGUUCCGCGCUCUGCUCUUCAUCCCUCGCCGGGCCCCCUUCGACCUCUUCGAGAACAAGAAAAAGAAGAAUAACAUCAAGCUGUACGUCAGAAGGGUCUUCAUCAUGGACAGCUGUGAGGAGCUCAUCCCAGAGUAUCUGAACUUUAUCCGUGGUGUUGUGGACUCUGAAGAUCUGCCCCUCAACAUCUCCAGAGAGAUGCUGCAACAGAGCAAGAUUCUCAAGGUCAUCCGCAAGAACAUCGUCAAGAAGUGCCUGGAGCUGUUUGCCGAGCUGGCCGAGGACAAGGAGAACUACAAGAAGUUCUACGACGGUUUCUCCAAGAAUCUGAAACUGGGCAUCCACGAGGACUCUCAGAACCGCAAGAAGCUGUCAGAACUGUUGCGUUAUCAGAGCUCGCAGUCCGGCGACGAGAUGACCUCCCUCACAGAAUACGUCAGCCGGAUGAAGGACAACCAGAAGUCCAUCUACUACAUCACUGGCGAGAGCAAAGACCAGGUCGCCCACUCCGCUUUCGUGGAGCGCGUGUGCAAGAGAGGUUUCGAGGUGCUGUACAUGACCGAGCCCAUCGACGAGUACUGCAUCCAGCAACUCAAGGACUUCGACGGCAAGUCUCUGGUGUCUGUCACCAAGGAGGGUCUGGAGCUGCCCGAGGAUGAAGACGAGAAGAAAAAGAUGGAGGAAGACAAGGCCAAGUUUGAGAACCUCUGCAAGCUCAUGAAGGAGAUUCUGGACAAGAAAGUAGAGAAGGUCACCGUAUCAAACAGGCUGGUUUCUUCUCCCUGCUGUAUCGUGACCAGCACCUACGGCUGGACAGCCAACAUGGAGAGGAUCAUGAAGGCCCAGGCCUUGAGGGACAACUCCACCAUGGGCUACAUGAUGGCCAAGAAACACCUGGAGAUCAACCCCGAUCAUCCCAUCAUGGAGACCCUGAGGCAGAAGGCCGAUGCGGAUAAAAACGACAAGGCUGUAAAGGAUCUGGUCAUCCUCCUGUUCGAGACCGCACUGCUUUCCUCUGGAUUCUCAUUGGACGAUCCUCAAACACACUCGAACCGCAUCUACAGAAUGAUCAAGCUGGGUUUGGGUAUUGAUGAAGAUGAAGACGUACCUGUGGAAGAGCCAAGCUCCGCUCCUGCUCCCGAAGACAUUCCACCUCUGGAAGGAGAAGAUGACGCUUCUCGCAUGGAGGAAGUCGAUUAAAUCCAUCUGUCUGAAAUUCCCCAGUCACUUUUUCCGUAAUCAUUCCGUAACAUCCUGUCCUUUUCUUUGACCUGUAGAAGGUUGACCUGAUCUCAGUAAUGAUUCCUGAAAGAAUCAAUGUAACUAAAGCAUACUGUCAACUUUUGCUCUGUUUUGAGCCGUAAUGUACCUUUUUGUUUUUUUUACGUAAUGAGAUGUUCAUGGAUCAAUGGGUUGCUCCAGUAUUGUCUGAGCACAAUAAGCACUGUGUUUCUCUGAUACUGAGUCUGCUGGAUUGAAUCAAGCAUGGUUUCUUUCUGCAUGGAAGGGGAAGGACCUUUGCCUGACUGCAGGCAUGUGUUGUCUUGUUUUUCAGAAAUUAAAACACGUGAAACCUGAA